UUUGUACGUCUGACAACACUGCCAUCAGUCAUUGCAUUCAAUUACAAGUUUACGAUUGACCAAAAUAAUCCGGGAUAAAGACAUAGACGGCCCGUUCUUCAUUCAACCGAUUAAUUGCAAAAUAGUUUCACUUCAACAGAUUAUUAUCCAAGAAAAGCAGCAGUAAUGGCUCGCCGGUACGAUUCCAGAACGACGAUAUUCUCACCGGAAGGUCGACUUUAUCAAGUGGAAUAUGCAAUGGAAGCAAUAUCCCAUGCAGGCACUUGUCUCGGAAUUUUAGCCGAAGAUGGAAUUCUGUUGGCUGCCGAACGUAGAAACACCAACAAACUGCUGGACGGAGCGAUUUUUUCGGAGAAAAUUUACAAAUUGAAUGAUGAUAUGGUUUGUUCCGUUGCCGGUAUCACGUCGGACGCAAAUGUGUUGACCAACGAAUUGCGAGUAAUUGCACAACGCUACCAAUUGAACUAUGGCGAACCGAUGCCGUGCGAACAAUUAGUCUCGUAUCUGUGUGACAUCAAACAAGCGUACACACAGUACGGCGGCAAGCGGCCGUUUGGCGUUUCCAUUUUGUACAUGGGAUGGGACAAACAUUACGGCUAUCAGUUGUACCAGUCCGAUCCGAGUGGAAAUUACGGUGGCUGGAAGGCAACGUGCAUCGGAAAUAAUUCCGGGGCAGCGGUAUCGAUCUUGAAGCAAGAACUCAAUGAAGAGCUAAUCGAAUUGUCCAAGGCACAGGAUUUGGCCGUUAAAGUAUUGAGCAAGACUCUCGAUAUGACAAAGUUAACAUCAGAAAAAGUCGAAAUGGCCACAUUAACGCGAGAGAAUGACAAAACGAUCAUCCGAAUUUUGUCCAACGCCGAUGUGGACGCGCUGAUUGCAAAGUAUGAAAAGAACGAAGCUGAAAUCGAAGCAGCCAAGCGCGAGAAAUUGGCACAGAAAUCUUAGACGUGUUGCUAUUCAGUGGCGUGGCGUUGCAUUCAAAUAACCGAAUCGUUUACUAAUAAAUUUUCCAAUUCUAAA